AUGCAGAUCGUAAAGAGUUUUCUUGGUUAAAAAAUGUUUCUUCAUGUAUCUAACAUGUCAAUGUUUCGCAUAACUACCCUCGCUAUGCUCAUUAUCUCGACCGCAAUGGGAAGACCUAUCUCUACCAACAAAUAUACAUCUCAAGAUUUAGAUUCUUCCUUAAAGGUGAAAUCCAAGAGCUUUGAUCUAGCAAAGUUGUAUGGCGAUUACGGGUUUUGGAACCCGAGCCCGGUUUACGGAGGAGGUUUUCCUUAUCCUGGACCAGUUCCUCAUGGCAAUCUAGGACCGAUACAGAGACACAAUUAA